UUUUGUUCAGAGGAAGGAGUCGGUCACACCAUCGAUUCCAUUCCAGUAGCUCAGAAGGCGCUACGUCCUCCUAAUUCCUAAUAAAUUUCUCAAAACCCAGUCCCAAAUCCCAAAUUCCAUUGUGUUUAGAGGAGUCACGGAGUGAGUCACGCCUGAUUCCAUUCCAAUUGAACGGCCGCCUAUUUAUUAGGGCAAAAGGCUCUCCGUCUUCUAAUUCCCAAGCUUCCCAAAACCCAAAACCCUCAUAAAACUCGUCUCCCAUUGGCGGACAGCCAUGAAAGCAUCUAUAUCCACCCCUGCGUCGCCUGGCGAAAGCAGUGCAGAACAGGAGGAAGAGAAGAAAAUCCUGGCUGGUGUGAGAAGUUUUGAGGAGAUACAUGCGUUGCCUAGCGAAAGCAGUGCAGAAGCGGAAGAAAAGAAGGAAGACAUCUUAUAUGUGUCUCAUUUGAACAAGUUUUACGAGUUAUAUAUCAAAGGAAACGAGGUUGUCAUUCCCCAACAACCAUCUUCACCUAGCGAAAGCAGCACAGAACCGGAGGAACUGAAGAGACCACGUCUUGCCGAUUUCAGCAGUCGUGAAGAGUAUUAUCUCGCAUACGUGAAGUAUCAUCAAAGAUCCAAGGCUGUCAUUCCGAAACCGGAACCUUAUCCAGUUUCCGAUCGAUUCCAGUGGCAUCUAAAGUGGCGACUAGGGGGGGGGAAAGAAACUUGAUAAACCAAAACCGAAACCCCUCACUGAAACAACAUGCGUUCAAAAUGAUGAGAAGAAACUUGAUAAACCGAAACCGAAACCGAAACCAUAUCCAUCACUCACCGAAACAUGCGUUCAAAAUGCUGAGAAGAAACCUGAUAAACCGAAACCUGAACCAAAACCAUAUGGAUGCAAUCUAUUCCGCACGCCCAAAUCAUGCAUUCGAUAUCCUGAAGUGGAGGAAUGGGAAGUGUCGUCCUCGUCCAAAGAGAUGUCGGGGCCAUGUCGGGCUGAUUUGCAUCAUGGUAAAUAUGACAAAUAUUAUGACGAGAUUGUGGGCGGAUCUGAGGGUUUCAUUUCGUUCUGUGAUCCAACUUCCAUGAUAUUCGGUGGCAUCAGGCCAUGUUCAGUCGAUGGUGAACGCGUUCAAAAUGCUGCAAGGGUUGCCAUUGAAAAGCAUAACGAAACGAUGGGUGCAAAUAUAACGCUUAAGGAAAUUGUCAGAGCUAAUUCACAAAUUCAAGAUGGUGUGGUGUUCUAUUUGACAUUGGAAACACUGUGUGGAGAUGAAACAGUUUUUAAGGAAGCUGAAGUGCAAGAAUACUGGGAUGGUCGUUAUGAAGUGAGUAUUUUCAGAAAUGCUAUCUACCAUUAUAAGAUACAAGAGUUGGAAUUAAACCUUGGCGGUAAGGCUGAUUCAUCCACUGAAGGGAGUGCACAAAGGUACCAAAAGUCAGGAUCAGGGUCUCAGGAGCUUGAUUUUUUCGAAGCUCAUAAGGAUGAGCAGUGGUUCAAAGAGAAAUAUCAUCCUACAAAUUUACUUGAAGACUUUCUAAGGAGAAAAUUACAUGCUCAGAUGAUUGCAAGGAAUUUUUUAUCUGAUAUAUCAAGAGGAAUAUCUGACUUGAGUCCUCGUGCCACCACAUUCUAUUCUAGCAUUGGAGCAGUGAAUGGUGCUGGAGAAAGAAGGAAGCAUGAAUCUUCAGCUGCGCCAAAGGCCCACCCUGUCACUUGUUUGCCUACACGAAUACACUCUGAUAUUGGGCUAGCUAGUGCCCUUGUACGAAAACUUGACACUGAGAAAGGGAUUAAAGACAACGUUUUGUGCAAUAUUAAGUGCUAUAGAGAAUUUAAUCGUGAAUCUACGUUUCAAGUUCUUGUUGUCAAAUGUUUGAAAACUGAGAGGGUCCUAUAUGGAGCUCAACUUCUGGACACACUUCUCACAUAUCUUUGGCGUGUCCAUGGUGUAGAUUAUUAUGGCAUGAUUGAAAGUGAUGAACCUGAAGGUUUUAGGCAUGUGAGGCCAGAUGGUAAAGAUCAUGGAGAAAGCAGUGAGUCUGGGGAUGAGUGGAAAGAUAAACUUGUUUUAUUUUGGUCUAAAAGGUUGAUUGGUCCUGUGAAUCGAUGGAAACUAAAGCUGAAGGGGAAACUGAAGGGGAAACUGAAGGGGAAACAGAAGGGGAAACCAAAGGGGAAGCUAGAUGUGGCAGCCAUUGAAGAUUCAUAUAGGUAUAAAUGUGUUUGCAAAACAUAUGAUGAAACAUAUGGAUGGAUGUAUGGUUGUGUUGCCCAUGGUUGUGAGGAACUUUUCCCUUCGGCUGAAUUUGCGCAUAAGCAUUUGAAGCUAAAGCACCCAGAAGUUGAGAUGGAAAUCAUAACAUUAUUUCAUGAGAAAGUAUAUAGGCGGAACUACAAGAGUUGUCCAGAUGCACUUCAUGGCUCGUGGUGGACUGAGAUGCCAGCCAUUAUAUGUCAAAUGCAUUUACCAUUGCAGUCUUUUGUGUGCUCCUAAGGAAAAUAGUUGCUAUUUUCAUUUAAGGAAGCUAAACUGCAAGAAUACUGGGAUGGUCGUUAUGAAGUGAGUAUUUUCAGAAAUGCUAUCUACCAUUAUAAGAUACAAGGUAAUUCAGUUUCUAUCCAAACAUAAGUAGGCUAUUGUUUACACUGUUUUCUCUAUUGGAAUUUUUACAUCUUUUUUUCAUAUGGUGGUUCUUUUCUUUUCUGCUGGUGUCUUCAAUGUAUCCAAGAGAAACAAAAUUGCUGUUUUUUAAUAAGUUUUUAUUUAUAAUAUUAGAUUCUAGAAGAUUGAAACUUGAUUAUGGUAUUGAAUUUGACAAAUUGGCUUGUAAAGGUGAUUGGACUACAUAUAAAAUGAUCUCUCGUUUAGUUUAUUCUUUUAUUUGUAAUUUUUUUGGGCCGUAAAUGUAACAUGAGAUUAUGUGUAUUGGCCUGUGACACUGUUUUGAUUCUGUAUCCUUCCUUUGGAGUUAUUUGUUGGCAGAGUUUAUAUUAUAUCA